CAUUGUUCAAUUAAGAGAGAAGGAUGCUGAAACAAAGGACUUUCUGGAAUCUGCAAAAGCAUGUCUUGAAAUUUUCCGUUCACAUGGAGUUCCUCUGCUGAUUAAAGACCGUGUUGAUGUUGCCAUUGCUUGUGAUGCCGAUGGUCUGACAUGCCUGCUCACGCCGUUCGCACUUUUCUUGGUCCAGAAAAGAUCAUCGGCAUCUCUUGCAAGACACCGGAGCAAGCUCAACAAGCAUGGGUUGAUUGUGCUGAUUACAUCGGGUGUGGCAGUGUAUAUCCAACCAACACCAAGGAAAACAAUACCACAGUUGGUUUGGAUGGGCUGAAAACAGUUUGUAUGGCUUCAAAGUUACCUGUGGUGGCCGUUGGUGGAAUUGGUGUGCUGAAUGCACGUGCUGUGAUGGAAAUCGGUGUACCAAGUCUGAAAGGUGUUGCUGUUGUUUCAGCUCUUUUUGAUCGGGAAAGCGUACUGAUCGAAACAAGGUUAACGGGAUCUAACAUUGGUGGUACGUGACAAGUUUUAUGAUUUGAUUCUGAUAGUUAAACU